CCGCCGCCUGCUCCCGCCCUGCCCGCUGCCACCGCCGGGGCAGAACCAUGGAAGGCGAGACCCCCGCACCCAGGCAGCUGAGCGCAAGGGCUUCCAGAACACUGGGGAGUCUGGUCUGAAACGAAAGCGCCGAGACCCCCCAAGGAAGAGAACUGGCGGAGCAAAGGAUUUUCAUGGCGCAGGCCGCAGAGCCCAGGACCAAGACCGAAGCUGGCAUCUCGGCUGUCACAGUCUCUAACUGUCCAGGUCCCGACCAUGAGAGACGGUGCUGAGAAGUCGGCUGUGCCCUGGUUCCCUGUGGAAGCCAUCUCCAAACUAGCUAUCACAUAUGGAAACUGGAGACCAGAAUUUUAGGAAAAGAGAUUAAGGCAUCUCACUUGGGGGGGGUGGGGGGUGUCUUUUUUAUUUUAUUUAUUUUUUCUUUUUUAAAAAAAAUCACGGCAACUGGAACAGUUUUCUGAUCUCAAAAGGCAAGCCUCUCUUCCCGUGUGAUCUUUAUAAUUUACACUCUUUUCCGUGAGCUUUCUUACCUCCCUUUUUUUUAAAAUCUCUCUCCAUAUUCUCUAUUCACACACAUACCCAUUAUAUUAGUAGUGGGAUUGUUUUUAUUUUUUAUUUUUUGCUUUAGUACUCGCACCCUCACACACACACUCUCCCGAGAACCAGAAGUCGGUUGGGUGUUUAUAUAAUGAAGAAUUAUGGGGCUGUUUGACCGAGGUGUUCAAAUGCUUUUAACCACCGUUGGUGCUUUCGCUGCCUUCAGCCUGAUGACCAUAGCUGUGGGAACCGACUAUUGGCUUUACUCCAGAGGGGUUUGCAAGACAAAAAGUGUCAGUGAGAAUGAAACCAGCAAAAAGAACGAGGAAGUUAUGACCCAUUCUGGAUUAUGGAGAACCUGCUGCCUAGAAGGGAACUUCAAAGGUCUGUGCAAGCAAAUCGAUCACUUCCCAGAGGAUGCAGAUUACGAAGCUGACACAGCAGAAUAUUUCCUCCGGGCCGUGAGGGCCUCAAGCAUUUUCCCGAUCCUGAGUGUGAUUCUGCUUUUCAUGGGUGGACUCUGCAUAGCAGCCAGCGAGUUCUACAAGACUCGACACAACAUCAUCCUGAGUGCUGGCAUCUUCUUCGUGUCUGCAGGUCUGAGUAACAUCAUCGGCAUCAUCGUGUAUAUCUCUGCCAAUGCCGGAGACCCGUCCAAGAGCGACUCCAAAAAGAACAGUUACUCCUACGGCUGGUCCUUCUACUUCGGGGCCCUGUCCUUCAUCAUCGCCGAGAUGGUCGGGGUGCUGGCCGUGCACAUGUUCAUCGACCGCCACAAACAGCUGCGGGCCAGCGCCCGCGCCACGGACUACCUCCAGGCGUCCGCCAUCACCCGCAUCCCCAGCUACCGCUACCGCUACCAGCGGCGCAGCCGCUCCAGCUCGCGCUCCACGGAGCCCUCGCGCUCCAGGGACGCCUCCCCCGUGGGCAUCAAGGGCUUCAACACCCUGCCGUCCACGGAGAUCUCCAUGUACACCCUCAGCAGGGACCCCCUGAAGGCCGCCCCCACGCCCACCGCCACCUACAACUCCGACAGGGAUAACAGCUUCCUCCAAGUUCACAACUGUAUCCAAAAGGACAACAAGGACUCUCUCCACUCCAACACAGCCAACCGCAGGACCACCCCCGUAUGAAGACCGCGGGGG